AUGGAAGCCAUCAGAAAAAGUUCUAUUUAUAAUACUCCUGAGGAUAUUAUAGUUUGUCCAUACGACAAAAACCACGUUCUUCUUUGGUUUCGGCUCGAAAGGCACAUUUGGAAGUGUCAUCGGGCCGAUAAAGAAAAACGAAGGGCCUCAAGUAAAGUGAUGGUGCAAGAAGAAGAAGAGGAGAACUGGGAUCAUUUCAAUGAGCCCAGCUACCUCGACUUCAUAAGGAGUAAAAAGAAUCAUAAUGUCAUAAGUAAAGUGAUGAUGCAAGAAGAAGAGGAGAACUGGGAUCAUUUCAAUGAGCCCAGCUACCUCGACUUCAUAAGGAGUAAAAAGAAUCAUAAUGUCAUAAGUAAAGUGAUGAUGCAAGAAGAAGAGGAGAACUGGGAUCAUUUCAAUGAGCCCAGCUACCUCGACUUCCUAAGAAGGCCGGGGUUCUUUCGUAGAGAAUAA